AUGGCUGUCGACACCGAAGAAGACUUGCCGGCUGCAUCGCCGACGGUAGCACCGAGCUCCCCGUCGAGUCUUUCGAACGAAUCUGCUGCGCCAGUUGUUACUUUGAAAACAUGGAUCGUGUCUUCGAUUCUUUCCUGUGGUUACGGCCUGUCAUUUUGGCCUGUACCGGUUGUGUCUGCCAUUGGAACCAUGGUUUCUACUGAUAUGGGUGAUCCAACGGGGUAUAUCUGGUUUGUUCCAGCAUGGACAAUCUCGAUCACCUGCGCCUUCUUGAUAUUUGGUCCAAACACCGAUCUUCUAGGUCGGCGUUGGUUUUUGGUACUUGGAAAUUUGGUGUGCUUUAUCGGCCACAUUGUGGUGGCAUCUGCCAAAACCACGAAUCAGAUCACUGCAGGUCUUGUUAUAUCAGGAUUUGGAGGUGCAAAUUGUCAGAUGGCUGCAUUUGCACUACCAGAACUUCUCCCCAAUAAAUGGAGACACAUUGGUGUUGUUAUCGCCGAUUUCACCGUCUACAUUGCAGUGAUUGUGGCACCAGUCACUGCCCGCUACGGCUAUGAGCUGGGAAAUUGGGCAUGGAAUUUCUGGGGUGUGGCUAUUUUCCAGGGCCUGUCGUUCUUCGGGUUGCUCUUCCUUUAUCACCCACCCAAGCACCCUCUCGGAGUUUCAUACAUGGAGGCCUUCAAAUCCCUCGAUUAUUUCGGUGCUUUCCUAUUCAUCGGUGGUGCAGUCCCAUUCCUGAUGGGUAUUGUCUGGGCGGGUGUAUACGAGUCAAAUGACGCCCAUGUCGUGGCUCCGUUAGUUGUCGGUGCCGUGGUACUAGUCUGCUUCGCGCUGUGGGAAUCUUUCGGCAAGCUCAAAUAUCCUCUCACGCCAACUUAUAUCUUCGUCAGCUCUUGGGGCCGUGACUUCACAGCUCCCGUCAUCGCGCUGGGUGUUGUGAACAUGUUCUACUACUCGUCCAGCAUCUUGUGGCCGCAGAUGAUCACAGUGUUCUACACGAAUGGCGGCGCCGACUGGAAAUACUCGGUCAUCUUGUCAUUGCCACAGGGCUUUGCUAUCUUCUUUGGAGCAAUUCUGCUUACUUUGUUUGGUAGCAAACUUCGUCACUGGCAAUGGCAGCUUACCGGCUCUGUCUUUGUGAUGGUCGUCUUUGGAUCUUUGCUGGGUCUCGUGACGCCGACGAAUAAGGGUACCAUGAUUGCCUUCAUUUUCCUUUCUCAGGCUGGGUUCGGAUGGGGUCUUUACCUGAGCAUUGCCAUUACGCAGAUGGGUGUUGAUCACAAGAACCUGGGGGUUAGUGGUGGUAUCUCAGGAUGUAUUCGCUUUGCUGCUGGAGCUGUUGCAACCUCUAUUUACCAAACCGUCUUCAGCAACACCUUGGCUAAGUACACAGCCAUUUAUGUCACCUCUGCUGCAAUCAAAGCCGGUCUCUCUGAAUCCAAGGUCACGGAUCUGCUGUCCGUGGUGGCUCAAGGUGCCGCCGCAAUGAAGGCAUACAGCCCCGCCGUGGUGGCAGCGGCGGAGGCGGCUCUCAGUCAAGCUUACUGCAAAGCAAUCUUUGUUGUUGCUAUGGUAUCAAUGGCUUUUGGUAUUCUCGGCCUUGCAGCCUGUCUAUGUUGCAAGGACGUUGACUCAAAAAUGACAAACAAGAUCGAGGUGUAUCUGGAGAACACCGACCUCAAGGAGAGAAACACAUAUCACUAG